AUGGACGCCCUCCGCUCCGUCUUGCAGCCCAUCACGCACAACCUCCCGAAGCCCAUCGAGGACCUCGGCAAGUCGCUCAUCACGCCAGCCUGCUACAAGACGCUGCUCCUCGACAUCGACCCCUCCCACACCGAGUGCCUUAAGCUCGCCAUCUCCAAGGGCCUCGGAAUCGGUAUCAUCGGCGCAUCGUCCGUUGUCAAAGUGCCCCAGCUGCUCAAACUCAUCAACUCUCAGUCCGCAGAGGGUCUCUCUUUCACGUCGUACCUCCUCGAAUCCAGCGCAUACCUCAUCUCGCUGUCGUACAAUGUGCGCAAUGGAUUUCCAUUCAGCACGUAUGGCGAGACGGCGCUUAUCUUGAUUCAGAACAUCGCGAUCGCGAGUCUGGUCUUGAAGUAUAGCGGAAACGGUUUGGGUAUUGCCGGCUGGGUUGGUGGCUUGAUCGCGGCUGGAAGUGCACUGUUCAACGAGCAGUGGGUUGGUGCCGAGAGGCUCAGCCUUUUGCAAGCAACAGCUGGUGUGCUGGGUGUGGCUAGCAAGGUGCCGCAGAUUCUGACAAUUUGGCAAGAGGGUGGGACUGGCCAGUUGAGCGCUUUCGCUGUGGUCAACUACCUCCUCGGUUCCCUCACACGUAUCUUUACCACGCUCCAAGAAGUCGACGACCCGCAACGGUUCUGCUUCGUGCUCAACCUCAUCCUGUUCCUGCAGGUCGUAUACUACUGGAAUGCCCCGACAUCCAAGAACACAAAGUCGAACAAGCUCGAGAAGCCGAUUGCGGGAGACCGUAAGGAGACCGCUCGUGCCGUAGCCAGCGGAUCUGCUCCUUCGUACGCGAAUGCUGCAGGGAAGAGCCCAAGCACCAGGCGCAGGGGAUAA